GGGGUGCUCGAUGCUUCGUGUGCGUGUGUGUGGAAACUCCUCCACCGCCACCAACCAAGUAGUCGGCUACACUGAGCGGCUGUGUGUGUGUUGCUCGGCUGACCUCCGCACUGAAUGGACUAGAUUUCCCCCCAGCCACGUAAGUUACAACAGCACCACGGGAGAGGAUGUGUUGCUGAAUCAAGGGAUAGGCCUGGGAAAGUCGGCCGGCCGUCCCUUCCACCUUUUCAGCAGCUAAAAAAAGCAAAAACCCAUUCGUGCUGGAUUAGAAGGAAUUCGUCGCGGAGGACAAUAAAGAGAGGAAAGGCACGACACCGCUCCCCCAGCCACAGCACAAAGACUCCGCGGUUCCGGACGCUUUUUUUUUUUUUUCACUCCAUAUUUUGGUAGAUGACAAUCGCCCGUGUAUGGAUGUUAUCUGGGGGGGUGGACAAGGCCGUAACACUGACCUGCUUGUAGUUAGCGAGAAAAGCUAACUCGAUUAGCACCUGCACCUGCUUGCAAAUCAAGCUUGUUUUUUUUUGCAAAGCUUAAUUUGGUAGUUGAAGUCAGUCGUCUGCAACACGACUCGAUCGCAGGGUUUUCCUGAUUUGUGCCUGCAAGUUGUGUGUAUGUAUUUUUUUUCUUCAAUGCAGCGUGCCAUACGUUGAACCGGCAAUAUAAGCUACAGAAAAUAGGUUGGAGGCUCGUCUAGUCGCAUCUUCAUUCAUUGCAAAGCCGAUGUUGGAUACGUUGCCUUUGUUGCAGUUUUCCCCCCUUCUUUUUACUGCCAAUUCCUGCAACAUCUAUUGACUAUGUUCAAAGGUUUGCAAUUGAGAAAACUUAAAGAUGAUUUUUGUACCAAGGCUGUGUCUGUUGAUCAUAACGCAACAGUGGCCAAAUAGUAGCUUAACUUUGUAAAAAUCGAAUAAAUAUUUAUCUAAAUAUAUAUAUAUAUAUAUAACUGAACCCUUUCGGAAGUGUGUGGAGCUCACACCCGUUUACUCGAUCAUGCACGAUUGCCCGAAUUUACCUCAAUAAGUAGCAAGCAACAGCAUACAUUUGAAUCGAGGGUUACAUUUUUUAUAUUUGAUUAAAAAAAAAACCUUUUCUCGAAAGUAUUACAUCAUUGCAAUAGCCUAACCGUUGCACUGAUUCACACACGGAAACCAAAGUAGCAAUAGGACGACGAGGAGGAAGGCCCCGGGGUUUUGUGGAGUUAUUACAUCAUUCCUAAUGAACAUACAGAGGUCAAAUCCCAUUAACAUUUCACGUUAUGGGAGAUCACGGCACAAAUCGCACGAUUUUGAAGAGUUGUCUUGCCUGCGGACUACAGAAUCGAGCCAGAGUUUCAGUCCCAACCUCGGCUCCCCCAGCCCGCCCGAGACCCCGGACUCCUCGCACUGUAUCUCCCGUAUCGGGGACUACCUCCUGCUCGAGCCGCUCGAGGGAGACCACGUUUUUAGAGCCGCCCACCUGCACAGCGGGGAAGAGCUCGUCUGCAAGGUGUUUGAGAUCGGCCGCUACCAGGAGUCCCUGGCGGCGUACUUCGCCCUGGGGCAGCACCAGCACAUCAACCAGAUCCUGGAGAUCCUGCUGGGGGAGACCCGGGCCUACGUGUUCUUCGAGCGCAGCCAUGGCGACAUGCACUCGUUCGUGCGCACGUGCAAGAAGCUCCGCGAGGACGAGGCGGCGCGCCUCUUCCACCAGAUCGCCUCGGCCGUGGCGCACUGCCACGACAACGGCCUGGUGCUCCGCGACCUCAAGCUGAGGAAGUUUGUGUUCAAGAACGAGGACAGGAGCCUCGUGAAGCUGGAGAGCCUGGAGGACGCCUACAUCCUGGCGGGCCGCGACGACUCGCUGUCGGACAAGCACGGCUGCCCCGCCUACGUCAGCCCGGAGAUCCUCAACGCCAGCGGCAGCUACUCGGGCAAGGCGGCGGACGUGUGGAGCCUGGGCGUCAUGCUGUACACCAUCCUGGUGGGCCGCUACCCCUUCCACGACGUGGAGCCCGGCUCGCUCUUCAGCAAGAUCCGCCGGGGCCACUUCAGCGUGCCCGACACGCUGACGCCCAAGGCCAAGUGCCUGAUCCGCUCGGUGCUGCGGCGGGAGCCCGGCGAGCGGCUCACCUCCCGCGAGAUCCUGGAGCACCCGUGGUUCGCGGCGGCGUCGGGGCUCCCCGGGAACGGCGGCGCCGGGGGCCCCCAGGGCAGGGCGGAGCGUGACCAGGAGCAGCUGGUGCCCGAGGUGAAUAUGGAGGAGGAGCUGGAGACGUUCUUCAGCUGAGAGGCCCGGAACGAAGAUGGGGGAGGGGGGGGGAGGAAGAUGAUAUCGCUCCCCUCUUAAAGAACAGCCCAAGCACAACAAUAACAACGACGAAGGGAGGAGGAAGAAGAAGAAGAAGAAGGGACAACUCAAACCACAACAAUAACGGCCAUGUUUGGUCUGCACCGCAACAGUGGUUGGUGGAGAUUAGCUGGAUGGACAUUUUUUGUCACUCACAAUAUAUAUACAUAUGUAUAUCUAUAUAUAGAUGUAGAUCUAUGUAUGGAUAAAAAAAAAAAAGGUGUUUCGAUCACGUUUCUUUUUUUCUUUUCAUCAUUUCUUUGAGCCUGCCUUCCCCCGGGCACGCCAGAUGGCAUCUGACAUGUUAGUCAUCUGGUCAACUGCAGCCGCAAACCCGUCACCCUUCAACACCCAACCCCCCCCCCCCCCCCCCCCCCAAAACCCAUGAGGCCCCGCCCCCCAGGGACGGUGUCAUCACCAGAAAUGCAACCACGCAAACGAUGUAGCAACAUGGUUCUAUAGGCUGCUCCGUCCUGGUUUCUGGCCGUGUCCCUUAAAGAGUUCCUCUGACGCACACGCCGUCACAAGCUGACACUACACAACAACGCGGAGGAACGAGAGAACUUGAGCACCGAGGAUGAGAACCAGAGAAGCGUUUUAUUUUUCCUUUUUUUUUUUUUUUUUUUUAAGUUAACUGACAAGUCAACCAAGUCGACCGCAACACCACUCCUUCACAAUAUAAUUUUAGGUUUUUGUUUUUGCGCCUCGUAGCAUGAUGGUGUUGGUUCAACUACAAGACGGCGGGUGGGUUUGGAUGUAAAUCGCAUUAAAGUUGUUUGUUUCUAAGAAGGCAGAAAUGGCCGGACCGCGUCACGCGGCUGUCGGUUUCUUAGGGUGACCUCACCUAUAAGCUUUUUGUCAUUUUUGUAUAAUUUCUCAUUUGUUUUUCGCUGCUUUAUGUUUUUGUUUUCCUGUCAGCAGUUCAGACAUGUACUUGCAGUAUUCAGGCAUUGUGUUUCAAUUUCCUCCUCAAGCCCAUAUACCACUACUACCGUUGUGGUGGUCCAUUCUACGUGUCUCCCCCCCCAGCCCAACCAUUUUAUCUUUUGUUUUUCAGGUGGUUUCCCCACCUUAGUUGUUUUCUAAGCUAUUCUAUGUUCCAUCGUCACUGCUGCUUUGUCCUCCUACUCUCCACUAGGCCUUCACUUGCAGCUGUUCCCAUGGUAAUGCCCCAAAAAUAUGGUGUCACGCACUCGGUGGGUUACGAUUGGGUGGAAGGGUCGAAAAGACAAAAAAAAAGAAAAAAAUACUAGCUUCCUCUUAUUUAAAUUCAUACUUCAUUUGUAGAAAGGAAGAACUUAACAUUUAUUUAAACAACUAUAUAUAAAUAUAAAUAUAUAUUUAAAGACGCAUUGCAGGGGGUUUUCUUAAUUCUGAGUCAUUUUUCUUUUUGUUCAUUUUUUUUUUUUCAUGUACAAUGUAGGCAAUAUCUUUGACACAGGAAUGGCAGGACGUGUGCAGGGGGGGGUGACUGCCUGUCCAAAGACGUUUAGAAUAAACCCGUGUAUAUUUCGUGCCAGUGUUUCUGUACCUGACCCGCUCACGGCCACCUCCCACCCCCGCCCUCCCCCCCCCCCCCCCCUGGCCUGCCCCGCCCUCCCCCUCCUUCUAUUGUAACUCCACACGGAUUCUUCGACGGUAACUAUUAUGACUUUGACAUGGUCUCUCCAAGGGCCUCAUUUUGUUAGUUUUCUACUGCCUGCGUAGGUUUUUCUUCUGCAAAAUGGUCACGUUCUGAAUGGGUACCAGUGGACAAUGUAUUGUCGUAUCUCAAUGUUACUUGAAUUCUUUUUUUUUAUUUUUUUAUAUAGUGAUUGGCAUGUGCCCUAUGAAUGCUAUAGCUUGCCUAGCAGUGAAAAGGGGUGGGGAGGGAUCUGUUUUUUUUUGUUCUUAAACAAAAAGUAAAAACAAAAAAAUACUUCUUGAUUUGCAACUCUUGUUUUCGUUUGUUCUUAUCUUUUUGCUUUUCAAACCGACAACUGAUUAUUUUAUUUUUUUUGGUUUUGUUUGGCGAGAUGAGCUGCCCGUAUUUCAGUUGGUGCUAACGUUAAAAGUCCUUUUUAGUUUCAUGGAGGGGUUGGUGCAUGGUGGGAUGUCUGCCGCAGAUGUUCAGAUUGUAUCGUAAACAGAUUCUGGUGUUUUUGUCCAAAUUUAUUCGGUAAAUAAAUUGUGAUCCGCUA